AUGUCCAAUGCUAAACUUUAUGCUAAAUUACGCAUCUAUUUUAAGGUGGUCAUCAGCUUUAUCCGAUUCCUGUCACUUAUCCUUUAUGCCAUUGACAACAAGAAAUGUGUCAUUCGUAAAAUCACUUCAUUUGCCGAUUGUCAUCAAACUGGGACCUUAUCCCCGGACCCAACAUCUUGGGCAGUUGUCUGGUUUGUUCUUUUAGUUGUAUCUGCAGGUUUCGUUUCCCUUAUCGUAUACAAACAUAAGGGAAAAAAUUUGUUGGAUUUUAAAAUUACGAAAGCAAAGAAAGUGUGGAAGAAGGGAUCGUUUAUUUCUUUAUUAAUAUUAUCUGCAGUAGCAACAGGAUGUAACGGUUAUCAAGUGUCCUUAGCACCUCCUGGUGUGCGUCAGGCACACUUAAUUCUUCGGUGUUUUUGGCCAGGCGUAAUGGUCUUCGUUAUUUUCUGGUUUAAUUACACGCCGCGUGUAAAGUGGCCACCUAAAGAAUGUGACUGUGACAUUCGUUAUGAUUGCGGUUGUUCUGCUAAAAAAAAGCUUUUCUUUUUUUACUGGAUUUCCUUGCUUGGAUAUUUUUUCGAAGUAGCCGUGAUAUGGUUCUUGGUCGCGCUUCAGGUAGCACAUCAGCUGGCACCACUAAUCGAAGAGAAGUUUCCAGACGCAUCUUUGCUAGUGAAGGCGAUUAUUGUUUUAACCCUUGGUUUGGUUGUGUCGUUUAUUUCGAGGAUGCUUUUUUUCUUUUGGCAAAAGCUGUUUCAUGGUGAUAGAGACCUCUUUUCUGAGCCAUGUUCAAAAUUGAAAAAUGACACAGACGAACCCACCCCAGCAAGUGAACAGACAUCACCUGCAUCCAACCAAGCAAGUGAACAGACAUUACCUGCUUCCAACCAAGCAAGUGAACAAACAUCACCUUCAUCCAACCCAGCAAGUGAACAAACAUCACUCGCAUCCACCCCAGCAAGUGAACAGACAUCACCUGCAUCAAACCCAGCAAGUGAACAGACAUCACGUGCAUCCAACCCAGAAAAUGCAGGGGGACAAUCCAAAAACACAUCAGGGAUUAUUGUGACCACCUGCGCUCUAACAAUAGAGAAGGACGAGACAAAACCUCUCAUAGGCAAAAAAGCAAAAUAUUAUGUAUCAGUAUAG